AUGUCUUCGCAAAGUAGAAGCAGCAGUCAGCAUCGUCCGCACGAGGCUCCCGAGUAUCUCGGCGCUGACCAGCCUCAGCUCUCGCUCCAACCGCCUUCCGCUUCGCAACCCCCCUCGCGCCAUGCCUCGCCCCCGUCGUCGUUAAAAGCACGCUCCUCGUCCACCUCAGUCACACGACUCGGCUCGUCGGACCACCUUGCAAAGUCUUCCGCCUCGACAGCACCAAAACGCACUCGUGGCAAUGCCCCGUCUAGCUCCGGCUCCUCGUCGCGUUCGUCCAUAGACAACGAAGAGCACGCCGACCUUCCCGGCCCACUCCCCACCUCGCACGCGCUGCAGCCACUGGCUUCGCGUCUGACGCGCUCCGACUCGCGUCCCAAGGCUACCCAACCUACGGAUCCCGCCGUUGUAGGAAGGCCGCGCUCUGCUUCCAACCGCUCCGUCUCGUACAUUGACCCGGCGAAUAAGCCGUCCGACCUCGCACGCGCCUCGUCGCGCGUCUCGUCGAUACACCGAUGCGCCGACCCGCACUAUCCGGCAUCCGCACUCGCCCUUACGCUCACCAAGUCCGAGGACCCAGACGCCAUCUACAUCGACUGGCCCGAAAACGACCCCGAGAAUCCGUUCAAUUGGCCCAAGUCUCGACGCUGGCUCCUCGUCUCCGUGUGCUUCCUCUUCACCGCCUGCACCGCCUUCAACGGUUGCGGCUACCCCUCGGCCUCCUUCAAUGCCGCCCAGGACCUGCGCACCACCCAGCUCGUCUAUCUUGCCGGCAACACCGCCUUCCUCUUUGCCGUCUCCAUCACCCCGCUCGUCCUGGCGCCGCUCAGCGAGGUGUACGGUCGCAACCCCAUCUACCUCUCGGCUGUGCUCGUCUUUACGCUCCUCUACAUCCCUCAGGCUCUCGCCAAGAACAUCACCACCAUCAUCGUCGUCCGCUGGUUCCAGGGCAUGGCUGCCAGUGUCGGCAACUCGAUGGUCGCAGGGAGCGUCUCCGAUGUCUUCCACGCCAGCGAGCGUGGUUUCCCCAUGUCGCUCUACGCCAUUGCUGUGUACAUCGCCCAGGGCGUGUCGCCCUACAUCUCGUCCGUCACGGUGAAUCGCGCCAGCUGGAGGAUCAUGUUCUGGUGGCAGGGUGCGCUGGCGCUCUUGACCUAUGUGCUCAUGUUUGUCUUCCUCAAGGAGACGCGCGGGCCGGUGCUGCUCAGCAGGCGCGCCAAAAAGCUCACCAAGGAGACUGGAAAGUUGCACAAAUGCAGGGCGGAUGACGAGAGGCUCAACUUCCUCGUCAUGGUCAAGGUCUCGCUCGUGCGGCCCAUGCAGUACUUGCUGUUCGAGCCCGUGGUGCUUAGCUUUGCGCUCUGGAUCGGAUUCCUGUGGGGUAUCAUCUUUAUCUCGCUCGAAGCGAUUCCGAUCGUGUUUGCCGGUUACGGUUGGAACGCCGAGCAGCAGCAUGCGGCGCUACUCACCAUCGCGGUGGGAGGACUGAUCGGCUACUUGGUCAACUUUCACCAGGAAAAGCUCUACGCCGCCACCUCACGCAAGUACGGCGGAAAACCGCCUCCGGAGGCCAGGCUGUACUACGCCGCCGCUGGUGCAGUCUUGGCCCCCAUCGGGCUGUUCAUCUUUGCCUGGACGGGCCGUGCUGGGAUCUCGCCCGCCGCUCCCAUCAUUGGGCUGACUAUCUUUAAUCUGGCGCUGUUUCCGGUGUACUUGGCGGUAUUUUCGUACCUGGCGGAUGUGUACGAGCGGUAUGCGAGCAGUGCUCUUGCAGCGCAGAGUUUCCUGCGCAAUACCUUUGCCGCCUGCUUCCCGCUGUUUUCGCAGCAGAUGUACGAGAAGCUCACGCCCAAGUACGCCUCGACGCUGCUGGCGGCGAUUGCGUGCGUGCUGGGCGUGGUGCCGUUCGUGCUGAUCAGGUACGGCGACCGUAUCCGCAGCCACAGCCGCGCCGCACUCGCGCUCCAGAGGGAGGAACAGGAGGCCGAUGAGUGGAGACAAGCCGAACAGGGCAAGCAGGCAAGGAGGGAAGCCAGGAGAUUGGCCAGGGCCGCCCGUCAGGCUCAAGUCGGCAGCGCAGAGGUCGACGAGGAGAAGAUCCUCGAUACCACCGACGGCGAAGAGUCGGGCGCCGUCACGCCCGAUGCCAAGGUCGACGCGCCCCAGGACUGCGACAACUGCAACAACCCCAACUUCCGCCCUCCCACCAGCAUUUUGUAG